UAUAUAUAGUGGAGCGGCAGGACAGAGGGCAUAUCACUGACAACCAUGUUGCUGCUACUGCUGUCUUCAGCCUUCUUCCUGACGGCCCAGGCUGCGUACUUCGGGUAUCCCGAAGGUCCUUACGCACAUUCCCAUCAACAAGAAGAGGUCCCGCCAUUUCAAGGAUAUAUAGGCGUUUCUUUUCAAGGCCAACCAGAAGAACACUACGACGAACUGUAUUUUGGAGAAUAUCCCUUGACGCCCAACCAGUCGCUGUUCGUGAGGGCCAUCCAACACGUGGCACCGAGAGUUCUGAUUGACCAUGAUUAUCAACGUGCCAUGGCUCAGGCAUCGAACCCAAGUGAAUUCUAUUUUGCUGUCGUCAGGGACCCGGAAGCCGUGGACAAGGAGAUGCCUGAAUUGGUAAAAUUCGUCCAGGACUACGUUCAAGCCGUGGAGAGGCAAGUGGGAAGUUCAGACGCUGCGGUUCAGGAUCCGAAAAAUUUCUUCAACGUAAUAGCUCCAAAAUUGUUCAUGGCAGUAAAGGCGCUUCAAUUCGACGGACUGUUGCGAGACUAUCUCCAGAGGAUUGGACUUCCCGAUUAUGUGUUCGCAAGAUUUUAUUUGAUGGUGCUACAAAAUCCAGCACAACUCUAUGUACAAGAUGGACAGCGUGAAAUAGAACAGGCACUUAGUCUCCAGCCCGGCACAGUGCAGAAACUAAAGCAAUAUUUCUACGAGGAUUCAACAAUAUACUACACUUUCCGUAGAUACAUGGCAAACUAUGUUGGGUCUGAAGAGAACAAUCUACAAGAACAUAUUCAAGAAGUUUCGAAGUUGCUGACAUAUGCAGAAUAUAUCCAGAACAUUCUGGCACAAUACAAGGUGACAAUUCAGGACGUCCUUCAAGAGUACAGGAAGAUUCUAGAGAAUCCUCAGGUGCUGCACUCUGACGGAAUUGUUUCUCUGGGUUCGAGUCCAGCUGCCCAAGCCCUGGAAGCAAUAAUUAAGGGAACUGAAGGCGCAUAUUCUGGUGUCGCCCCAGAAGAGAAGACGCAGCAAGUAAUAAUAAGCUAAACUUGCGAGGACUGCCUCGCCCUAGGAACCCCGUGUGACAGGGAUCCCAUGUAGCAAACAUAGAUGUGCAAUAAAUAAAAGUAACCAUGGCAA